AUGACCGCCAACCCUACUCAAUGCCCUUCAGCCGCUCAGCGUAUAGUAGGAGAUUGUCCUCAUUGUCAGAAAUGUUUCUGUUCGACUCAUAGACAGCCAGAGGCCCAUAACUGUUCCGGUAUGCAAGCCUGUCGGGAUGCAGCAUUCCAAGCCAACAAAGAACGACUCGAGAAGGAACGUACCGUCGCAAGUAAGAUUGCUCAGGCUUAG